GACAUUUUUGGUUAGCUAGUUAGCUUGCUAUUUCCCGUACUUAAGUUGAAACACACUAUCUACUAUCGCUAGCCAUGUAGCAGCACAGUUGUCUUUUAUUUGAGAAUUGUCGUGGAUUAAUGCUGUUGCACGCCGUUUUCCUGUGUUUGGGUAGUCAGUUAGCUUGGUAGCUAACAGAGGUGGGGGUCUUAUUGUUGGUUAAGGACUGGGUGUGUGAUUGUCUGAUAGCGGAGAGGCCAGGGUGUUCCCGUUAGCGUAGCCUCACUAUCUUGGAGUAGGAGUGAAUAACCUUAAUGAUGUAGCUAGCUACUUGGUUUAUUGAAUAGACUUCUGGCUAAAUUCCUGCUCGUGUAGCUGUAUUUUAUCUUGCUACCAGCACAAAUGCCAGCUCCUGGUUUUAUCUAUAGUCAGAACUAUCUAGCUAACUAAGCAAUUUAGCAAGCUAUAUCAGCUAGCCAGAAAAUUAGCAAAGUGCCUACUGGAAUAUUGACCACGGUCUGAGUAAUGCUAUGCAAGUAUUUCUGUGUGGACAUCGGUGCGUGCAAACAUUACCAAUAUGUAUGUGUCAUUACUGCAGCUACCUGUAGCUAGAGGACUUGAGAACUAGACUGCGAAGUAGCUGGAUUUCGUCGCCUGUCAGUAUCAUCAAUAUAAUAAUGUUGUGUCUAUCACAGUAUUUUUUGCACUCGGGAGAUAUGCAACUCUUAGUUGUUUAAAAGUUAUAGUAUUGCCAAAGUUGUGAAAGCCAGCAAAUAAAUAUUUUCUCAUAUUACCUCUCCAUGCAUAGUUUUGCGAAAUCAUAAAUGAUCAUUUUAAGUUUGUAUUUAUUUCAAGAUCGAAUUUGUUGGUAUUGGAUGUUUUUGUAGCAAGGUGUAUGACAUUUCAAGUUUCCACCAAUGAUUAUUUAUACUCCCAAGUUACUAUUUUCUGGGCAAUGGUGUUUUAUUUUAACAAGCUCGGCCUGUUAAAUAGGAGGAGAGUGGGCCAGAUACCGACAGGAAGGGUUUUAUUUCCCCAAAUAUUUGGUUUUGGGACCCAAUGUCGUCGUGGCGAGAGACGGACAGAGCGAGACAGAGCAAUCUGUGAAUGAGUGGAGCCAGAGAGAGAGAGACUCCCAUCGUCCUCACAACUAUUUUAACAGAUCAUAGAACAAAACAACUAGCCUUUCAGCAUGUCGACCUCAUCGCUACGGCGACAAGUGAAGAACAUUGUUCACAACUACUCUGAGGCGGAGAUCAAGGUAAGGGAGGCGACCUCCAAUGAUCCAUGGGGCCCGUCUAGCUCUCUGAUGUCCGAAAUCGCGGAUCUAACCUACAAUGUUGUGGCCUUCUCAGAGAUCAUGAGCAUGGUCUGGAAGCGCCUCAACGACCAUGGGAAGAACUGGAGGCAUGUCUACAAGGCCAUGACCCUGAUGGAGUACUUGAUAAAGACGGGCUCUGAGCGCGUGGCCCAGCAGUGCCGAGAGAAUAUUUAUGCAGUCCAGACACUCAAGGACUUCCAGUACAUAGACAGGGACGGCAAAGACCAGGGAGUGAACGUGAGGGAGAAGGCGAAGCAGCUCGUUACGUUGCUGAAGGAUGAAGAGCGGCUACGGGAAGAGAGGAUUCACGCGCUGAAGACCAAAGAGAAGAUGGCGCAGACGACCAGUGCCUCCUCGGCUCCUUCAGCCCCAGGCCUGGGUGGCGGGGGCCUGGGCCCUCACACUCAGGGCUCUGGCAGCGGGGCGGACCCGGAGCAGGCGUGGCCGCAGAGCUCGGGAGAGGAGGACCUGCAGCUGCAGCUGGCUUUGGCCAUGAGUAAAGAGGAGGCCGAGCAGUCUAGCUUCGCCCCCUUGGAGGACGCUGAGCUCCGAUGGGCUAUCUCACUCAGCAAGGACCUGCUGCAAAAGGAGGAGCGUCUACGCAGGGGUGAUGACCUGAGACUGCAGAUGGCCAUUGAGGAGAGCAAGAGGGAGAAGCCCAAAGCUGAGGAGAGCUCCCUGAUGGAGUUAAGCGCGGUCGACCCCUGGGGGGCCCCGGCCGCCCCUCCCGCUGUUGCCUCUGCUGGCCCCUCCCCCCCACCAACAAGUACCGCCGCCUCCGCCUCCGGGCCCUGGGGGCCCUCGGACCCCUGGGGCGCGACCUCCCCCACCUCGCCGGUUAGUUCUGACCCCUGGGGUGGCGGGGGGACCGCGGUAGCGCCCCCUUCCGACCCGUGGGGAGAGUCCGCCCGGGUGAACUCGGAUCCCUGGGGCUCCAGCGGUGAGCGAGACGGGGAACUGCGCCCGUUUCUUGGUCCUUUCCCUGCGGUGGGAACACACGCCGUGACUCCGCCUAGCUCAGAUCCAUGGGGGGCCUCCGUGGCCCCCGCUGCUACGUCUGGGCCAGGUGACCCCUGGGCAGGGGACGGAGUGCCUCCGGCGGUUGACGCUUUGACCUCUGACCCCUGGGGAGGCCCCGCCAAACACACGACUAACGGCACAGGAGAUCCAGAACUCAGAGGUUCGACAGGAGCGCUCGGGGACGGCGGGGGCAGCACAGGGUCCCCCGUGCCCUUUGACCUCUCUGCCCUGGGCUCCUCCCUCCCCGUUAGGAAAACGCCGGAGUCGUUCCUGGGCCCGAAUGCGGCUCUGGUGGACCUGGACUCCCUGGUGUCCUCCAAACCCAAGCCCAAACAGCCUCCCCCGCCCUCCAUUUCCACCGCCUCCGCACACAACCCCUUCCUGCAGACACAGGGUGCCUCUUCGGGCCCGGGCAUGGCCGUUACCCCGGGCAGCUCAAUCUCUAGUCGGGGGGUGUCCCCUACUCCUCCACCAACCUCAAACCCUUUUGGAUCAACUCCCAUGGCCUCCAUUUCACCUCAGACCUCCUCGCUUGGCCUCAGCCAGCUCCGCACCAGUCCCGUGCCACCCAACCCCAUGUUGGGGACCCCCCACGGUCAGAUGCCACCCCCGACUCUGGGAAUGGUCCAGCCUGGUAUGGCUAUGCCUGGAAUGGGAGUUCAGAUGACACCCCCUCAAAUGGGUCUUGGGAUGGUACAAUCCAGCCCCAUGGGCAUUCCCUAUGGAGGAAUCUCACCCAUGGCCCCGCCGGGAGCUGCCAUUCUCAUGGGCGCAGGGGUGCCAGGGCAGCCCCAGCUGAUUUUGGGUGCGGGAACAGGAAGCGGUGUGUUGGGAGCCAGCGGAGGGGUAGGAGGCGGGGCAUCCACAGGAGGAAGCACUAAUCCAUUUCUUCUUUGAGAAAAUUCACUCUUCUCACCCCAUUAACAAACAAUUUAUGUGUCAGAAAAGAAAAUGUGUGUAAACAACUAUAUUUAAAAAAAUGAAAAACUAAAUCAAAAAUUUUUUUGGGAAACGCAUUCAAUUUUUUUUGUUUGUUUUUUUUUUUCCACAGUGGGAUAUAGAGGGAGUGAUAGCAAUGUUUAUUUAUUAGUUUUUUUUUUUUUUUUUGCCUUUUUAAAAAAAUAAUUAUGUUUUUCCAGUCUUUUUUGAAAGAAGCAAAGACAGAAGGAGAGAUGGCAUUCACUCAGCAAUGUCACCAUAGUAUACUAUUACUGCACUGAAAGACAAGGGGAGGCUGCAGGAGUUUAGCUUAGCCACUAACAAACUGAUUUUAUGAGAACUCUUAAAACUCUCCCUUCAGAUGAAGAAAAUGUAGGACCGAUGAGGAAAAGGGCGGUUUGUAAGGAGCCCGUGGAGACUAUGACUGAGUCAGGCUGAAAAACCCACCAACACUUCUGGCAUGAUCUAGUCGAAUCAUUCAAUAGGUGUUUUCUUUUUAAUUUAAUUUAAUGUAAUUUAUUUUUUAUUGUAAUUUUUGACUCCUGGGAACAAACAAGAAAAAAAAAAUCCUACUUAAUCCUGUAAUGAAAUGAUAUGCUGAAUUGCCUUUAUUUCUUUUGAAGAUUUAAAAACAAAACAAAAAAAAAAUCAUUCUAACAAAUGAAUUGAAGGGAAAAGUGGAGAUUGAUUUUGUAUGACUGUGAGCGUGAGUGCGUGAGUGUUCUCUUUUUCCAGAGUCCAUUUCCAUUCUUCCUUACUCUUACUGCAUCAUGAGCGAGUGGGAAGAAAAGAUAAAAUGUAUUAUUUCUGUUUAAAAAAAAUUAUUUUGUUUUGGACAUUUCAAAUGCUUGUUUAUUUUGGGAUUACAAUGAGGUAUUAAAAGGGUCUUUGUUUCAGCCAGUUUUAUUUCAUUUUUUAAAAUCAAGAGCAUUAGUUUCUCACUUUUGUAUAUCUUCGACCUGUUUCUCUCUUUGUGUCUUGUCUAGUUAUCAUUGUUCUGUGUUUCAGACAGCAAGUGUAAGGACCGAGGGGAGAACUAGGGACACAGAAACCGAUGCUUUAAAAUAAAAUAAAAAACAUUUCAAAUGAAUUUUAAAAAAAGAAAAAAAAUUCAAUUUGAGGACUGGAACACAUGAUUCAUGCUGUUAUUUUUAAUUAUAGUUUUGAUGAAUUAUUGUUAUUUUAUAUUAAGAAUGAAGCUAUUUCUCUUAUCGGGUCAGGUCAAAUUUGUGUGGUGUUAACUGUGAACAUACACAUUUGAAAAAUAAAUGGGAAAAAAAAUGAAAAGAAAUUUAAGAAAUAAAAAAAAUCCACAAAGGGUAUGAAAUUCAUCUUUUGUGUUUAUUGAAUGUAAGAAUUGUAUUCACCUCUUUCUCCAGUCUGUUUGACCACCCCUGUAUCACUUCUGCUUCUUUUCAUGCAUUUCUCUGUGCUGGCUAGUUUUUACCGACCUGUUUCUCGAAACCGCCUCUGUGCUAUUGUUUAAUUAUUUCCGUGCCUGUUUUUGCUUUGCAAGUCAAAUUCCCCCUCAGAGCCCAAAUUGUCUUUUGCACUCGAGUUCAGUUAACGGCCAAUGGGAGUGUGGAUGUGAAGAAGCCACUCAUGUACUGUUCAAACCACCGGUGGUGACGCCAGAUGAAUUGUCUGUCUUGUACGCAUUUUGUAAAAAAAUGUAUAAAACUGUUCAGAAUGGAACUUCAGUGCCGUGCACAUGGCUACCUGCCUCUCAUCUUUGCAUCACAACAUGCCAGCUUGCACAUUUUAAAUGUAACAGUCAGUAUUUUACAGUUUAAUAAAAUUUGCCUAUUGUGCUUA